AUGUCUACGUCUACCAAUCCACCAGCUGCCAGCACAACAGAAAAACCUCCGUCACGUGCACAAUCAGCUACACAUAAAAGUGAAACUACCAAAAAUACUGUAACAAGCAAUUUGCCUGCUGGCAAUCCUCAGAUUCCACGUCCUGCUUCUGCUUCUAAAGUUACUUCGAACUCCAAUACAACUAACAGUACUACACCACCAGCUACGACACUCACAUCUUCAACUGGUGCCGAUAAAGACAAGGCCGAUGUCGCAACCGAAACCACCAACACCACUCUUGUCGAUAAGAAUGAACAAAUGAAGACGGCGACGACAAAACAUGGUGAUACAACUACUGCAACAGCCAGUACGUCUGAUCCGUCGUCGAAUAACGACGAUAAAACAAAAACAACUAGACCUGUUUCUUCUUCCAUUCAACAACGUCCACCCUCUGCUGCAAACAAGACAAAUGAAGACACUAAAACAACAGGAUCGCACAGUGAGACAAAAACAGCAACAAUGGAAACACGUGUGACAGAAGCACAACUUACAGGCGAACUCGACAAUACAAGUGCGACAUCCACUACGGCAUCUAAUCAAGAACAACAGCCACAAGUACCACCUCAGCGUCCGCCGAGUCGUACAGGCUCUGCCGGAUCAAAGAAAGCGGCAGCGACAACGGGAGAAGACGACCAAAGAACAAUUACUACAUUAGACACUGUUGCGUCGGAACUAUCAAAAGCUGCGCAACAAAAUCCAACUGAACCAGUUAUAAUUUCACACACAAAGAAUUAG